AUGAUUGCUGUGUAUAUUAUUUAGUCAAAGGUCAAGUUUAGAUACUUUUUGAAAGUAGUGUUAAAUAUAGACAUGAUACUAUAAUAAAAGAAUUACAUAAGAAAUAGUAUUUUGGAGAAGUAUCCCUUUUUACGGGAAAUGCAAGAGAAAGUACGGCAAAAGCGAUGGAGUUUUGCAGAUUAUAUAAGAUAAAAAGAGAUGAUUUUUUACAAAUAAUAAAAGAAAAUUCUAUUGAUUUCGAACGUGUUUAAAUGUUUAAAGAAGGAAUUACACUUCAAAAUAAAUAUAGAGCUUUAAAUAUGCCUUGUUAUACAUGUAAUUGGGAAGAUCAUUUGGCUAUUAGUUGUCCUAAAACACAUCUGA